GAGAACACAACCUUUUUCUGCGGCUUCCCCAUGUCGUCGCCGUCCGAGGACCAGUUGGCGCAGGCCCUCAGUGGGGUGCCGCAGGCGAUGAAGGCCGCUCUCUACGAGGCGGUCUUGAGCUUCUCCGAGCCGGGCAGUGCCCUCGCUGAUGCAUCUGGUGCGGCGGAGAGAGCGGGUUGGCACAAAGGAUCCAGUGGAUCUAUCUCCGAUGCCGAGUUGUUCCAGAGGGCCCUCCUGGGAUACAGCUCUCCGGCAGUGCCGGCCUCGGCCUCCUGCAGCGCAGAGCCACCGAGUGCGAUGCGCAGUGCGCACGCCGAGUCUUCCAACAAGCCCGCGGACACCGCCCCGGCAGAGCCGGCUACUCCUCCCGGCGAGAAAGUGCGCUCGCCAACCAGUCCUGCAGAGCAGGUUAAAGAAGAGGCGCAAGCGGCAGAGCCACCAGACUCUGCCAUGGAGCCGGACGAGGGCGAGGAGAGCGAAGAAGAAGAUGAGUCCGAGGACUCGCACUCCUCGGACGAUCGCGCAGAGGCGCACGUGAGCCGUAAGCGCCCCCCGCCGCCAACGUCGCGCCGAGCGCGCAGUGCGCGCAACCGUGCCAGUGACACGGACGCGGCCGAGGCGAGCGCACCUCCCACGCAGGCUAAGGGCAGUGCCCCGCCACCGGCCGAUGAUGCGCCACGGCAGGUGUUCCUUUGCAGUGGGUGUGACACCCAAAUGAACAUUUGGGAGGACCGUGCCAGUGAGUACGUGUGCUCCGCCUGCGGUCUUCACGAGCAGUACCAGGCAGCAGUGCUGUUGUACGACCGCCCCAGCGCCAGUGGCGCCGUCGGCCAGUUCUCCGGAACAGUGUUCCGACUUAGUUUUUUGACCCGGCCUUUGGUGCAGUGCACCCUCCCAUGGCCAUCCCUCCAGCCCUGA